CAUUUUUGGAUUGCGAGAAUGUCUCAUUCCCCUCACAAACAACCACAGAACCACAAGUGCGGUGCAGGAGAUUUCCCCAGGACGACAGGAGGGAGCCACUGGGGCGUAAAUGGUUAAUCGAAGCGGGUCAACCCCAGUCACAGAGACCCAACGAGUCAGACUUCGAGGGUCACCACGACCUGCAGAAGAGGAGAGAGCCAACGCGUGGCUAUGGCGUCUAACAGUCUUUUCAGCUCGGUGACUCCGUGUCAGCAGAACUUUUUCUGGGAUCCGAGCACCAGCCGCAGGUUCAGUCCGCCGUCCAGCACCCUUCAGCCUGUGGCGGGGAAGAUGAGCGAUGCGCAGCCGGAGCCGAACGCGGUGGUGCCGAGACUCCGACCUCACGACAACCGGACCAUGGUGGAGAUCAUCGCGGACCACCCCGCCGAGCUCGUGCGCACGGACAGCCCCAACUUUCUGUGCUCGGUGCUGCCGUCUCACUGGAGGUGCAACAAAACGCUCCCUGUGGCGUUUAAGGUUGUAGCUCUGGGAGAUGUUCCUGACGGGACGGUGGUGACGGUAAUGGCUGGAAAUGACGAAAACUACUCGGCUGAGCUGCGAAACGCCUCCGCUGUCAUGAAGAAUCAGGUGGCACGUUUCAACGACCUGAGAUUUGUUGGCAGGAGUGGAAGAGGAAAGAGCUUCACGCUGACAAUCACAGUAUUCACGAACCCACCGCAAGUGGCCACUUACCACCGAGCCAUAAAGGUCACAGUGGACGGACCGCGCGAGCCGCGAAGACACAGACAGAAACUGGAAGACCCCCCUAAACCGCCGCUGUUCUCCGAGCGCCUGAGCGAAUUAGAGCGUUUACGCCAGACCACCAUGAGAGUCGCUGUGCAAACCCAGAGUCCCCGGCCUUCUCUCAACGCCACGCCGAACUCCUUCAAUCCGCAGGGGCAAGCGCAGAUCUCAGACCCUCGACAGGCUCAAUCCUCUCCACCAUGGUCCUACGAGCAGCCAUAUCCUCCAUACCUGAGCCAAAUGACGUCUCCCUCCAUCCAUUCCACCACCCCGCUGUCCUCCACCCGUGCCACCGGCCUGCCCACCAUCAGCGACGUGCCACGACGCCUCUCAGGUACGUCAGAACUCAGCCCAUUCUCAGCUGACCCACGCCAGUUUGAGCGUCAAUUCCCCAGCCUGUCGUCCCUCACAGACAGCCGCUUCCCCAAUCCCAGAAUGCACUAUCCAGCAACAUUCACCUACACCCCAACACCGGUGACCUCCGGCAUGUCACUGGGCAUGUCCACCACCACCCACUACCACACAUACCUGCCUCCACCGUACCCCGGAUCCACCCAGAACCAAAGUGGGCCCUUCCAAACCAGCAGCACACCAUAUCUCUACUACGGCGCCUCAUCCGGGUCAUACCAAUUCUCGAUGGUGCCGGGGGGCGAUCGGUCCCCAUCCAGGAUGCUUCCACCUUGCACUAGCGCAUCCACCGGCAGCACCCUCAUCAACCCCAACCUGCCCAAUCAGACGGAUGGAGGUGAAGCGGAUGGCAGCCACAGCAGCUCUCCGACCGUGCUCAACUCCAGUGGUAGGAUGGACGAGUCCGUGUGGCGGCCAUAUUGAGAUGCUCUGGCUGAACGAGACCUCAAUGCAGCACUGUUAGCCUUAAAGACAGAGUGCCAGAGAUGAGGAUGAUCCCAUUUGAAGCACAAACUCAUUGGUACUGGUUGUCGGCACUUGCUGAUAUUCAUCGAUACUUAUUGGUACUCAUUAUCAGUCACUUGUACUCAUUGGCACUUGCUGGUACUCAUCAGUACUCACUAGCACUUAUCAGAUCUCACUAGUACCUAUCAGACCUUAUUGGUACUCAUCAGUACUUUCUGAUACUAUCAGUAAUCAUUGGUACUCACUGGUACUUUCUGGUACUCCGUACAUACCAGUAAUCAUUGGUACUCACUGUUACCCAUUGGUACUUGUUAGUACUCAUCCGUACUUCUUGGUAAUCACUGGUACUCAUUGUCAGUCACUUGUACUCAUUGGUACUAGCUGGUACUCAUCAGUACUCAGUAGUACUCAUCAGAUCUCACUGGUACCUAUCAGAUCUUAUUGGUACUCAUCAGUACUUUCUGGUACUUGGUGGCACUCAUUGGUACAUAUCGGUAAUCAUCGGUAAUCAUACUUUCUGGUACCCAUUGGUACUUGCUAGUACUCAUCAGUACUCACUAGUACUCAACAGAUCACACUGGUACUUAUCAGAUCUUAUUGACACUCACUGGUACUCAUCAGUACUUUCUGGUACUUGGGAGUACUCGUUGGUACUUAUCAGCAAUCAUUGGUACUCACUAGUACUCAGUACAAACUGGUAAUCAUUGGUACUCACUGGUACCCAAUUGUACUUGCUAGUACUCAUCAGUACUUACUGGUAAUCAUUGGUACUUAUUGGUACUCAGUACAUUCUGGUACUCAUUGGUACUUGCUAGUACUCAUCAGUACUUACAGGUAAUCACUGGUACUUGCUGGUACUCAUCAGUACUUACUGGUAAACUCUGACUAACUGGUACUCACUUGUACUCUUUAGGGUUGUCAAAAGUAAUGAGUUUGUUACCAAUUGGUACUUACAUUUUAAAAACGGCCUUUACGGCCAAUCACAGUCAUAUCUGUUGAACACGAGAACACAAUGGCCAAUCGGUGGUGUUUAAGAACAGCAGGAAAUCUCAAACUCAAAUUAAUGUUUAAAAAAUUUCAAUACCAACUGCAACCGAACUUGAUACUUUCGACAACCCUAGUACUUGUUGACACUUGUUGGUACUCAUCAGUACUCCCUGUUACUUAUCCGUACCGGUAAUCAUUGGUACUUGCGAGUAAUGUAUAGUACUCACUGGUACUGUAGGAUCUCAUUGGUACUCAAUAAUUCUAUUAGUUUCUUACUUGUACUCUGUGAUACCUUCUGGUACUCACUGGUAUAAGAAUGGUUGCAGUGUAUUUUUAUGACUACACUGAUGUUUUUUAAUCCUCCAACACAGGUUACCCUUAGAGAGGGUGAUUUACUGCAUUACUCUGCUUAAUCUGAUGUUCCACAAUCAGCUGUGAGUGAUUUAACACUCAUAGAAUUUAAAGGUAUAGUUCAUUCAAAAAUGAAAGCAAACUUCUUUUGUUUACAUGAAUUCCUUCCUAAUUAUUCUGUAAACUACUAAAAGCAUUGCUUCCAAAUUGAAAAUGCAAAUGUUAUUUAGAGCAUUUUUGUAUAUUACAAGUGAAGUUUAUUUAUAAACCAGUUUCGAGAGGAUCAUGUGCUUAUGAUUGAUCACUGCUGGUCCCGCAUUAGUUAAUACAUGAUUCACUAAUCAGACGAUUCCUUAGUCACCAUAAAUAAACAGUUUUAAACCACAGUUAUCUUCAUUUUGAAGAAUCCCCACUUCCACCCCUAUUCCUUCCCCCUCCCCCUUUUUCUAGAUUGGGCGACACGGCAACCCAGUGGUUAGCACUGUUGCCUCACAGCAAGAAAGUCACUGGUUCAAGUCCUUACCAGGCCAGUUGACUUUUCUUUGUGGAGUUUUCAUGUUGUCCCCGUGCUCACGUGGAUUUUCCCCGGGUUCCCCGGUCUCCUUCUAUAGUCCAAAGACAUGCGACAUAAGUGAAUUGCCUAAACCAAAUUGGCACCACAGAUGAGCUCCUAGUCAGCAACAUAUCUCCCCAUAGCAAUUCAUAAUUUUCAUUAGCCAUAAACAGAAGGGGAGUUCUCGAGAUCUACCCGAGCUCAAACUCCCAUCUCUGCCCUGCAAAUGGGAGGGA